AUUAGGUCUUCGGCUUGUCCAACAACAGUAACUUGCCCACUGCUGCUUAUAUAUAUUAGAUAUGCCAUCCUAAUCACAUAAAUUAAAAGAAAAAAAAAACUAUAUUAAAUAUCACAACUUUCCCAAUUCGAUUACAACAGAACAAACAAAUACACCUCCAUCGUUUCACUUCUCUCGGAGGCCAUAGCAUCCGUCGUCUGAGAGAGAUGGCGCCGCCCGCAGCAGCAGGAGGAGGGCAAGUCCAGCAGCAGCAGCAGCAAGGAGGAAUAGGCCAGACAAUAACAGGAAUAAUAAGGAUAGCAGUAUUUUGGUAUUUCGCUUCCAAAUUCUUCUCUCCUAAGAAACCUUCCGACCCUUCUCUUCUUAUCUCCAAUCUCUUCCAAAAGGGAGAUUCUCUGGAUAUGUGGUUUUAUCUGUCUGAACAUGAAAAGUUCAAUGACUUCACCAAUGAAGGUGCACUUGUUUGGCAUGAAACUAGUAUUCCUUAUGCUGUUUGGGGACCAGACAGCACAAGGUCUCUUUCUUUCACAUACUAUCCAUCCGAGGCAGUGAAGCACAAUGGCACUCUUUAUGCUCAUGUUUUCUUUGCUCGAUCUGGUUAUCCUCCAGACCCUAAUGAUCCAGAGUACCAACCUCUUUUUGUCUUUGGCAAGACACACCCUGUUGUGAUUUACUUACCCAAGUCAAGGGCAGACAAAAGGAGGAGUCUGUUGGGGAACUCGAAAGACUCCGAGGGGGAGAUGAUCUCACAGGUGGUUGGUGAUAGUGAAGAUGAUUCUAAAGAUGAUGGACCUUUGGAGUGGGCUUCAUAUUGGAAACCAAAUGUUACAGUUAAUCUGGUUGAUGAUUUCACAAGAUAUCCGCAUAAUGCUGUGCCGCCAAAUAUUGCUCCUUUCUUGAAUGUUGAUCCUAGUACAGGGAAUUACUUCCCCACCAUUUUCUUCAAUGAGUUUUGGCUACUUCGAGAUAAGUUGAUUUCGGUCAAUGAGACGGUGAAGGAGUUGCCACUUAAUCUGGAGGUGGGCCCUAUAAGCAUGACAAAAUGGCAACUAUUCCUUCAGAUUGACCAGUCAUUCCAGAUUCAUCGUAAUUAUGGCAGCAUGCUUGAGGGCGAGGCAGAUGAACUUAAGAGGGUCUUCUUGGAAGGAAAUCCUUACCUCUUGUUGAUCACGAUGGUUGUUUCUUUACUUCAUUCGGUGUUUGACUUCUUAGCAUUCAAGAAUGAUAUCCAAUUUUGGAACAAAAACAAGUCUAUGGAAGGGCUGUCUGCGAAAUCUGUUGUUGUGAGCUUUAUAAGUCAGCUCAUUGUCUUUCUUUAUCUACUUGACAAUGACACCUCAUGGAUGAUACUCGCAAGUUCUGGAAUUGGUUGCUGCAUUGAGUUUUGGAAAAUAGGGAAAGCCAUGCACAUAGAGAUUGAUAGAAGUGGAAAGAUUCCUAUGUUGAGAUUCCGGGAUCGUGAGUCAUAUGCAGGGAAUAAGACAAAGGAAUAUGAUGACCUUGCCAUGAAGUAUCUUUCUUAUGUGCUCUUCUUCCUUGUUGGAUGCUCUUCUGUUUAUUCGCUCAUGUAUGAGCGCCACAAGAGUUGGUAUUCUUGGAUCCUCUCUUCACUCACAAGCUGUGUGUACAUGUUUGGUUUUAUAAUGAUGUGUCCUCAGUUGUUCAUAAAUUACAAGUUGAAAUCUGUGGCUCACCUCCCAUGGAGGCAGAUGACGUAUAAGUUCCUGAAUACGAUCAUCGAUGAUCUCUUUGCAUUUGUCAUCAAAAUGCCAACUCUACAUCGGCUCUCUGUCUUCCGUGAUGAUCUUAUAUUUUUGAUAUAUCUAUACCAGAGGUGGGUUUAUCCGGUGGACAAGACGCGUAUAAAUGAAUUUGGUUUUGGCGGUGAGGAUGAUCAGGUCGCCACUGCCGCAAAACAAGUUGAAGAGAAGAAAACUAACUGAGCUGGGAAUUUUUAGUCGCAUCUUUUGAAACUGAAACUAAAUUACAGAAUAUAGCGGCAAAAUUAAGUUAGGAGUUUUUAUCUUUUGUUUUUUUUUUUUUUUCCUUAAAUUUUUCCAUGUUAUUGUUCGAGAGAAAGAUUGAUUGGUUUAAUUUAGGGUAUUUGUUAACUGAGAAUAUUUCAAUUAAAAAGGACAAGAGUUGCAGUCUUUGUGGCA